CCUGAGCUACACUCGGGCUUACCAUGCGACGUUGCUCAGGGAGUCCCUGCAGCACUUACCUUGUCCUUCGCUCCCACGAUGGGUCCCCUGCAGCGUCCCGGCCAUCUCCUCCGGCCGAUGCCGGCAUCCGGCUUCCAUGUUCCGGUCCCUGUGACGUCGGGACAUAUGGGCGCCAGAACCGGCGGCAAAUUUGAAAUUUUUAAAAAAUGUCAUUUUGUUUAAAAUGAUUAUUACAUAUGCUUUGUCCUGUCCCCUGCCUGCAUUUUUUACUGUUCUUUCUG